UUUUUCUUUUGAAUAUCAAAGGCAUCAGAUUUGGAGAAAUGAGUAGCAUGAGGCUGGCGUGGAAGGUUUUUGUUUGUUUCUAUGAGGUUCUGUAAUUUUCUUGUGGUUUUGUGAUUGGAAAGUAGCCUGAAUUAAUGGGAAGAGGCAGAGGGAAGGGAAAGAAGUUGACUGUUGUUGCUGGUCAUGACGACCCGGGGAGCGGUGGUGAAGAACCUCUUCCCCCGUAUAAGAGAAGGGGAAGGCCUCAGAAGCCAUUGAAGGAUGGCAUUGAUGAGGAUGAUACUGAAAAGAUUGAAGAAGAAGAGGAAGAAGGAGAUGAUACAAAGCCGACCAUAUCCAGUAAACAAGUGAAGGGUGCCGUGGUAGAGAAUGGAAGGAAGAGGAAGCGGCAACAACUGAAAGAAAAUUCUGACUCGGCUUUAGAUGAAAAUGGUGCUGGCACAAAAUCCAGCAUUGAGGAUCCUGCUAAACCUAAUGGUUUUCGGCAAAAUGGAAACCGACGUAAGAGCAAACCUCGGCGUGCUGCUGAAGCGGGAGUUGAGUGCAAGUGAUGUCUCUGAUAGUCAGUGACGACGGGCGUUUUCCUUGUUACAAACAGAGGAUCAUACAGUAUCGACGUCCUUUUGGUAUCCAAAUUUUGUGUUUUGAUGUCUUUACAUUUCCUUUGCUGUUUGCAAUUGAAUUAAAUUGCAAUUGUAGGGUCUGCAUAUACUGCUUUGUUUUAUCUUUCCUUUAAGCAUGAAGCUGUUAUUAGAUAUUCGCAUAACCAUAAUUGUAAUAUCUAUUUCGUGCAAAUUGUAAACUGAAGGCUUUUCUUGUCUUUCCUUUUUUA